AUGUCAAGUCAAGCUCUCCACAAUGACUUGAUCGUGUCAACUAUUUUUCAACAAUUCUAUCUCCCCCCUCAUGGCUGGGCACGCCGAACAGAAACCGACUCAGCGGAUGUGGCGCGCGCCGCUCGCGUCAGUAAAGCAUUCUCGGAACAUGCAUUGGACGCCCUGUGGAAGAAGUUAUUCGACUGGGUCCCUCUCAUGAGGCUUCUCGACGAUUCCGUUCGCCAGAUACGCUCGCCCAACCGCAUAGAAAGCACCUGGGUGAUAUGCGCCCGCAUACCGCCUGAGCGCUGGGAGCGAUUCAGGUUGUACGCCCGCCGCAUCGGGUUCUUUUCGCGGAGCACUGGGCCCUUCACUACAAUCCAUCCCUCCAUGUUCUCGCUUUUCCAGAAGCUCUCCGGUAGCCAGUCCCUAUUUCCAGCUCUAACCUCAGUAGAUUGGACCCAGACGGACGUCAAGUAUGGGGCAGAGAUUAUGGUGUUCGCAUCAGAGUUUCUUCGAAAGGCCAACUUCCAAUAUACCCUGCCCCAUAACCCGGGACUACGCGAAAAUGGACCGGGAGAGCAGGAUUAUGUCAUAGCAAGUGUCCUCAAUGCCUUUUCCUCCCAAGUUCCUCUCCUACGGAACUUCAUCCUGUCUGCCGCAAUUCAUCCCGACGCACUCGACUUUUCUGGCUUCCGGAACCUUACGGAGCUCACGCUACGUCUUCCUUUUUUCACCUCAUCUCUCAUCAACACCUGCGCAUACAUGGAGCAUCUCGUAUAUCUUGACCUGGUGUGUACUGCCGUCGACACUAGCUCCGGAUGGCCUGAAGAUCUGGGAUCUCUGGACGGGUUUCACUCGUUGCACAGGCUCAAGUUGGACUUCACAACUCAGCAGUUCGCUACACGGUUGUUGAACGCCAUUUCAUCAUCUCCGCUCACUUCGAUCGCCAUGGGCCUCGUUGAAGACGCUACGCCUCUCAGCUUCAGUCUCGUGCAGACACUGAAGUCGCUGUUCCCUACUUGCCUUCGGCAAGUAGCCAUUCAGUUUCCUCACGCAGAUCAACCAAGCGACUUCACCAUCUCGAGCUAUAUCCAUCCUCUCCUCCUUCUUAAGCAGCUGGACAAAGUCUCUGUCACGGUCACCGCAAAGUCUCCAACAGAAGACGAGAUACAUGACAUGAUAGAUGCCUGGCCCAGCCUAACUGAGCUAUCGCUAGACUACUGGGAUCCCGUCUCCCCACUCAGCAUCACAGCGCUUUCGUUCUUUGCCCUUGGCUGCCCUUCCUUGCGUAGUUUGAGCCUGGGGGAUGUCAGUCUUCGAGGGCAGCCGUUGUCAGGUGUUAAAGUAGUCACAUCCCAUCGCUUGCGUCAUCUUAGCAUGCGGUUGUCUGACGAACACCUGACGACUGCUGACAAGGUGACUUUGGCGCGCUUCCUGGAUGAUCUCUUCCCGCACCUUGAAGAAAGAAGCCUACUUUCGGGAUCUCAAUACUUCGAGGACAAAGAGCUUUGGGACGAGAUAGCCGCUAUCUUGAAGGGGUUCAAAGCGGCCAGAGCCCACGAACUGAGCCGCUUGCAGUCUGACGCCGACUCAAAGGCGGAGUCCAACAAAGCGACUGACAUAUAUCACACAAUCUAG